CCCCCUUCGUCCUCGCUCGGAUUGAUUCCUGCCCGAGCAUCCGUUCCAGAUCGAUCGCGGUUCCUCCGGCCGCUGUUGUGUUGUGUUGUGCGUGGAGUUGAAGCGAAGGGAAGGGAAGGGAGGUGGCGGCAACAAUGGCGUGCGGAAGCUUUUGGCGGAGAUUGGUAGCGCCUUUGCGUUCACGUUGAUUGGUUUCGAAGUAGCUUCUCGCGCUUCCCUCGUCGUGCCCCGCCCCGCCUUUGUCUCGGGUCGAAAUAUCAAGUGGAACCCAAACUUCCUGGAACCUCGAUUAGUAUAAUGCAGCUAUAAGUGAGGUGUCUAUGUGCAUUGACAAGAGUUGCUUCACUUUGUCCUAAGAGCUUCUAGGAAUGCCCCUGGAGCUUUUUGCACUAAACGAACUCAGCUUCCCUGCAUAUUGCUUCUGGUCUUAGUGGAUCGAGAUGAAUAUUUCUGCUCUUCUAACAUCAGCUGGAAUAAAUAUCGGCUUGUGUGUGGUGCUUUUGUUGCUUUAUUCCUUGUUGAGGAAACAACCGAGCAACUUAACUGUAUAUUUUGGACGGAGGCUUGCUCAAGCACGCCCAAAACGCUUCGAUUCUCUCUGCUUCGAUAGAUUUGUACCUUCCCCGAGCUGGAUAGUGAAGGCUUGGGAAACUUCUGAAGAAGAACUAUUAUCUCUUGGCGGCCUCGAUGCUGUGGUAUUCAUCAGGACACUUGUUUUCAGUCUUCGAGUAUUCUCCAUUGCUGCUUUCUUUUGCAUGUUUCUUGUACUUCCAGUGAAUUACUAUGGGCAGGAGAUGCAUCACAAGGAGAUCCCAUAUGAGUCAUUGGAAGUUUUUACCAUUGGAAAUGUCAAAGAAGGAUCUAAGUGGCUCUGGGCACACUGCCUUGCACUGUACAUAAUAUCUUGCUCUGCUUGGCUUCUCCUUUACUUUGAGUACAAAAGCAUAGCUAAUAUGAGGUUAGCACACAUCAAGGCUUCUGCAACGAACCCAAGUCACUUCACCAUGCUUGUGCGAGCUAUCCCUUGGUCUCCAGAGGAGUCCUACAGUGAUUCAGUUGACAAGUUCUUCUCGAACUAUUAUUUGUUGACGUAUAUGGGGCAUCAAAUGGUCUACCGGUCUGGUACAGUUCAAAAACUGAUGAGUGAUGCAGAGAUGAUGUGUAGAAUGAUGAGAUCUGAGAAUCUUGCUGUUAAGUGCAAGCAAAAUCUAUUCAACUGUGGUCUAUGUGGUGGACCAUCUAAAGCUUUUCGUAUGCUCUCUAAAAGACCUGAAAGUGUUAAAGGGAAAUCUGUCUACGGGGAUCUUGACACAUCUACAAGAGAGGAAGUUGCAGCUGCGUUUGUAUUUUUCAAGACUCGCUACGCUGCUCUCGUUGCCUCUCAGGUCCUUCAAUCAUUAAAUCCCAUGUUAUGGGUGACUGACUUGGCUCCAGAACCACAUGAUGUCUAUUGGUCCAACCUCUGCAUACCAUUUAGACAACUUUGGAUCCGCAAGAUAGCUACACUUCUAGCUGCUAUUGUCUUCAUGUUCUUGUUUCUUAUACCCGUGACUUUUGUUCAAGGUCUUACUCAACUAGACCAGUUACAUCACUCAUUUCCAUUUCUCAGAGGAUUACUGAAGAAGAAAUUCAUGAAUCAGCUGGUCACAGGUUAUCUGCCAAGUGUUGUUCUGAUGUUAUUUUUGUACAUUGUUCCUCCCACAAUGAUGCUAUUUUCAGCAGUGGAGGGAUCUUUCUCUCGUAGCGGAAGGAAAAAGAGUGCAUGUCGCAAAGUACUUUAUUUCAUGAUCUGGAACGUCUUCUUUGUUAACGUUCUCUCGGGGUCUGUCAUCAGCCAACUAAAUGUUAUUUCUAGCCCAAAGGGCAUACCUGCUCAACUGGCGCGAGCUGUGCCAACACAGGCUAGCUUUUUCAUGACUUAUAUCUUAACAUCGGGUUGGGCAAGUUUGGCGUCAGAAGUAAUGCAACCUUUUGCUCUUCUAUGGAACCUAAUUAGGCGAUUUAUCCUCAGAAAGAAAGAUGAUUUGUCUGACAAGCCUUUAUCUUUCCCAUACCACAUUGAAGUUCCAAGAGUGCUACUGUUUGGACUCCUCGGCUUCACUUUUUCCAUCCUGGCACCUUUGAUGCUGCCUUUCUUGCUGGCUUACUUCUUACUUGCUUUCCUUGUGUACCGAAACCAGAUUCUUAAUGUAUACACAUGGAAGUAUGAAACUGGAGGGCAGCUGUGGCCUACUAUUCACAACACGACCAUCUUCUCUUUAGUUUUGAUGCAAAUAAUAGCCCUGGGGGUUUUCGGACUAAAACGAUCUCCUGUCGCCUCCGGUUUUACUAUACCACUUAUAAUCUGCACUCUGUUAUUUAAUGAGUAUUGCAGGCAGAGAUUUCACCCGAUAUUUAAGAACAAUGCUGCCCAGAUGCUCAUUGACAUGGAUCGGCAAGAUGAACAGAGUGGGAGGAUGGAAGAUAUUCAUAGACAGUUGCCUUCAGCGUACUGCCAGUUUAGCUCGAGUUUUCACGACUUGUAUAAAUCUGGGCACCAUGAUCAAUCUGAUAAUGGGGAAAAUAUUCGAGAUUCUGAAGACGAGAAGCCAGGUUUGAUUCACCCAACGCUCGGAAGACUUCCGCUUCCUGGAAUUAAUGAUUUGAUGGCUUGGCUCUCUGUGCUUUUCAGGAGAGGACUCCAAGAAAGUGAAUGAACCAUUGGCUCUUCAUCGCCAUAUGGAAAGCAAAGAGCCCAAUGGAAAGUGAACUUCUAGAUUACGAUCUUGUUCGCUGUACAUGGGCUGUACAUGGGCUGAUGAGCAGAUUCGGUCUCAUCAACUGUUAUAUAAUCCUCUGUUCUGCCUCCUGAAAUGGAGUUGCUCGGAGGAACAGUUUUGUCGAUACAUGUUGAAAUUAUUAGUUUCCUAAGAAAGAAAAGGUAUGCAAAUAUAC